GGUAAGGGUGCGCCUUCGUUCGACAGCUACGACUUGUGGUACAAACACAUCGAGCUUGUCCACAGCCAGCACGAUGUACCCGGACUGAAGGCGCCAAAACGGGCCGAAGAUCAACAGACGACAGCCAGCACCAAGCGCAAAAGGUCCCGAUGCCACGAGGCGGAUGCCGGCUCUGUGUCCGCAACUCCAUUCAUCUCCGUCGUCCUCGAGAACCCUUCAAGAGUUGGAACAGAAAAAUAGACAAAGGGGGGCGGGAGUGUCAAUGCAACCCGAAGAGAUGUCGAGCCAAGUUACAGACGAGGCAGUAGCCAGCGAGGAUAUCAAAGACGAUGACAGCAUCGACUACACCGACAGCGAGGGCCGAUCCACCUCUAGCUCAAGCGCUUCCCUCGAUGACGCUGAUCUGGCGCCACUCACCCUUAUCGAUGCACCUUUUGGUCAGAUCUUAUGGGAGGAUAGAGGUCUCUUUGAGGGCAACGACGACGACACCAUUCUCACCUACAGUCUGGACUGUCUGCCGAAAGCGGAGCUGCCGCCGCUUCUGGCAAGCAGAGAUUUAUGGGGGUCUAUCCAGGGUGUUGGUGGCAUUGGUGGCCAGGAGGACAUUGGGCACACGGGCAUGGAAGAUAGGAGCGAUGGUACGGCAAUGGAUGUGGAUCUGGUUGUAUAGGCAAUAAGUCUUUUAUGGCUAGUAUUAAACUAACAAAGUUGACAAUAUGACCAUGAUGCAAAGUCUUUUAGCAAACUAUACAUACGGUUUAGUAGAUAAGUGUUGAACAAUGCCAAAGAUAAUAAAUAGACAGGUUCAUAUGUUACAAAAUUAAGAAAGUCACCAGACCAUCGGCUCAAGCUGAUGGUAAUUUUUGCUUGUUUUGUACCAGAUUUUACAACGGUGAGGUUUAUAUGCAAGU